UACACCCCCAUAUCAAAUCCAAACCAACAACCGCUGUCAAGCUAGUCGUCGCAGCGAUUCAGGCACACCCACUUCCGACACAAGCACGCACUGCAACAGAGCGAUCAUGACAGACGCCGCUGACACCAACUACGACCACUAUCACCAGCAGCGCAUGCAGGUGACACCGGAGCAGGUAGUUGACAAGCUGCUUGGGCAGGAGGUGCCCAAGGCCCUGCAUGAGCUCCAUUCUUCCGUUGUCAACCUGUCACAGGUGGCAGAGCAUGUGGACCAGACAUAUGCGGCAGUGGCUGCAACACGAGACACACAGCAAGCCUUUGCGCAGGCCAAGCAGUUCACGGUGCAAGCCCUGGCCAGCGUUGCCUAUCAAAUCAACGCCGCGUCCACCGCCAUCCUUCAAAGCAUGGACGCCCAGGACGAGAAUGUGCGGCUCCUCACCACAGAAGUCGCCGGCCCGCGCCGCAAGAUUCUGAUGCAGGAGGAGCAGCGCGGGCGACGCGCCAUCUCCGGGCUGACAGAGCCCGUGUCGCGAAGCCGCAAACGCAUCUGCGCGCCCAUCGAGCUCGACAUGACGCAGCCGCCCGUGUCCCGCCGCAUCGACUACGACGCCCUCGACAACUUGGGCACCGGCGUGCGCGUACAGAUGGCGCGGAAUGACGGCCACGCACGAACUAUGGGUGGCCACCCUCCCAUGCAACAGCAGCACCCUCAUCAGCAACAGCAGCACAUGUCAUCCAUGUCGGCCACAGGACGAGCUUCGCCAAACGGUCUUGAUACGUCCCAGCUGUACGCCUCUGUUUCCUACGGCAACGUGUCGAGCAUGCCCAUGCCUGCUGUCCCGUCUGCGCCGCGCGUUGGCGGUGGCGAUCCGUUGGACAUCUACGACAUGCCCCGCAACAUUGGUGCACCAAGCAUGGCGCCGCCAGUAAUGCCUUUCGCUCCGCCCGCCAUCCCAGCUGUGCCGGCCGUCCCGGCGCCCACCGUGCCCUCGGUGCUUUCGAUGGCGCCACCACCUGGCCCACCCCAGCAGCCAUCGGGCGCCACAGAGCCCGCGGAGGACAACAUCUAUGGCGAGCCGCUGCCCGCGUCCACGGGAGCCAGCACCACCAGCAUGCCCACCAUGUCGCUCCUGCCGCCUCCGCCGCCACCGCUCGCCGCAGCAGCAGCAACAACAACCGCAGGCCAGACGCUCGAUGAUGACAUGUAUGAAACAAUCGACAAGGAAGACACAGCGGAUUCUGACAACCUGUAUGGGAUGGUGCUGCCGUCCCAGGCGCUGUCACCGCCGGCACCGCCAGCAGCGGAGAAGAAGACGUUUGACCUGUCCAAUCUGGAAGAGUAUCCGACGGCGGUGAGCACGUUCGACUAUGAAGCGGAGCGCGAAGACGAGCUCUCGUUCAAGGAGGGCGAGUACAUCACCAUCCUCAAGAAGAACGACGACGGCUGGUUUGAGGGCGUCAUUGGCGACCGCCACGGCCUCUUCCCGGGCAACUACUGCGAGGAAGUGCAGGAGUCAACCACCUGAUGCGCUUUGUGUGCUUGGUUUUGUUUGUUUGUGCGUGUGUCUGUGUUUGUCUGUGGUUAUGUGUGUGUGUGUGUGUGUGUGUGUGUGUGUGUGUGUGUGUGUGUGUGUGUGUGCGCGCGCGCGUGUGCGUGUGUGUAUGAUCAUCGUGUUGAUGAGGAAGGGGGAAGUGCUUUUCAUGGUCUGCUGGGAAGCGGGGUGUGCUUUAAUGCGGCCAAUGUGUGGCCAACCAGGGUAACAGCAGGGGUGGGGCCAGUCCGGGGUUCAGUUUAACACAAAACAAAAAAGGAACCAACGC